AUGGUUCCCUUUGUCAACGUUAGGCGAUUCGUAUCGUUUGCAUUGGAACAGUAUACUCCAACUGCGUGUCGACUGGUCGAUGCGAACGACACGCUGCUGCGUCGCCCAAUUUGCUUAUCCAAACCUCCAUACCUUCAUCGCGCCACUCCUUUGGUCAUUUCACUUGGUCCACCUCUCUGCCAGAUAUGGACAAAAGGCUCUUUGGUUGCUGUGUAUUCUUGCUGGAUGCUUGGAGUAUGUCUGCAAAGUCUUUCCGCCAUUUUCGGUUCCUUUUAUUGUAUGUAA